AUGAACGUCAAGGUGUUUGAAACCACAAACGAAAAACGGAUUCUCACACGCAAAACUCACUCUCUCAUGAACAAAACACCGCCGGAAAAUGUUGCCGCCGAUCUGUUCCCCGGCGAUCCUACUACAACGCCGGUGAACACUCCAGUGUCUGAACAGCUUCACACUACAAAGAAGAAGAAAUCAGACGAAGAAGAAGAUAAUGAAGAAGGAGAUGACGUCAUCGAGCUCGUGGUGCUUCCUCCGCCGUGCCGACCGCCGCGAGCACCUCCAGGGUCACGGCGUGUGACACCGGCCGUCACCUUCAGUGACUCCGGUUUGAGUUCUGUAGUCAGAUCGCUACCGAACGGUGACCUCUACGCUGGAACCCUAACUGGGAACGUCCCCGACGGCGCCGGAAAAUAUCUCUGGUCAGACGGUUGCAUUUACGAAGGGGAGUGGUGCGACGGAAAAGCCUCCGGCAAGGGUAGGUUCUCGUGGCCGUCGGGAGCAACCUACGAAGGUGAGUUCUCCGACGGAAAAAUGCACGGCACUGGAACAUUCGUCGGAGCUGACGGGGACACGUAUAAAGGAUCAUGGCUCUCCGACAAGAAACACGGCUUCGGCGAGAAACAUUACGCUAAUGGUGAUGUCUAUGAAGGUUCAUGGACGCACAAUUUGCAAGAAGGUGAGGGAAAGUAUGUAUGGAGGAAUGGGAACGAGUACAUUGGAGAGUGGAAGAACGGGGCAAUUUGCGGGAAGGGUGUUUUGGUUUGGAAGAAUGGGAACAGAUAUGAAGGGUUUUGGGAGAAUGGUAUUCCUAAAGGGAAAGGUGUGUUUACCUGGCGUGAUGGGAGCACGUGCUCCGGAAAUUGGGGGAAGGAGUUUGUGAGCGACGAAGAGAGGUGUAGGAGUAGGAGGAGGAGUGUGGAGAUGGUAGUCAAGAAGAGGGUCUCUGUUGAUGGUGGUCUUGGUGGGAGGAGUGUGAGUUUUCCAAGGAUUUGCAUUUGGGAGCUUGAUGGUGAAGCUGGGGAUAUAACCUGUGAUAUUGUGGAUAAUGUGGAGGCUUCUAUGUUCUAUAAAGACUGGAGUGAGUUUGAGAGUGGUGGCAGCAAUGGCAGUGGCGAUGAUGGUGGUUGGAACUUGCAGAGGAGUCCUUGUUUAGUUGAUGGGGAUGUGAAGAAACCUGGUUACACUGUGUCUAAAGGGCAUAGGAGUUAUGAUUUGAUGCUUAACCUUCAAUUGGGUAUAAGGUACUCUGUUGGGAAGCAUGCUUCAGUACGGCGAGAGCUUAGGCCGGGAGAUUUUGAUCCUAAGGAGAAGUUCUGGACAAGAUUUCCACUAGAAGGGUCUAAGUUCACGCCCUCGCAUCAAUCCGUAGACUUCAGGUGGAAAGAUUACUGCCCCAUGGUGUUCAGACAUCUAAGGGAAUUAUUCGCCAUAGAUCCUGCGGAUUACAUGCUUGCUAUUUGCGGCAAUGACACACUUAGAGAGAUGUCUUCCCCUGGAAAAAGUGGAAGCUUGUUUUACCUCACUCAUGAUGACCGGUUUAUGAUCAAGACCUUGAAGAAGGCUGAAGUCAAGGUACUCAUCAGGAUGCUUCCAAGUUACUAUCAACAUGUUUGCCAGUACAAGAACUCCCUGGUCACGAAAUUUCUUGGUGUUCAUUGCGUCAAACCUGUUGGAGGUCAGAAGACUCGCUUUAUUAUAAUGGGCAAUGUAUUUUGUUCGGAGUAUCGGAUUCAUAAGCGGUUUGAUCUCAAAGGAUCUUCUCAUGGUCGUACUACGGAUAAACCCGAGGAGGAGAUUGAUGAGACAACCACUCUCAAAGACCUUGAUCUUAACUUUGUCUUUCGCUUGGAACAAUCUUGGUUUCAAGAGCUUAUAUGCCAACUUGAUAGAGACUGUGAGUUCCUGGAAGCAGAGGGGAUUAUGGAUUAUAGUCUUCUAAUUGGUCUUCAUUUCCGUGACGAUUACUCAGUUGAGGAAAUGAAGAGUUCAAAAGAUGAGUUGUGUUCAGGCAAGAGAGACAUGCAAAAUGAUGAGGUGCAGGAUAUGAAAUGGGUUCCCAUAGGCCGGGGACCUCUAAUCCGGCUAGGAACAAACACACCUGCGAGAGCUGAGAGAGUAUGUAAAGCUAGAUUGGAUCAGCUUCAGCACACAGGUAGUGGAAGCAUUAAUCCUACCCCUCCAGUGAGCAGUGGCGAGAUAUCUGAUGUAAUUCUCUACUUUGGUAUCAUUGACAUUCUCCAAGAUUACGAUAUCACCAAAAAGCUAGAGCAUGCAUACAAGUCACUACAAGUGGAUUCUUCCUCUAUCUCGGCCGUUGAUCCAAAGCUAUACUCUAAAAGGUUUAGGGAUUUCAUACACAGAAUCUUUGUAGAGGACAAAUGACAUGCUCAAAGAGAAAGACGGUCGGAAUCAAACCGGCCACCGGGGACCAACUUUGGCAAAGUGACACUUUAGCACUAAAUAUGGAUAUGGAGCAAAUAUGGAUGUGAUUUAAAGUUCAAUCGUAGAUGCUGGUGUUACUAACAUUAAAGUCCAAACAUUGGAAAAAGGUGGCCUUGCUUGUUGAUGGCUAAAUUUUUUUCAGCCAUUGCAAAUUGGAUAUGGUGGAAUAUGCAAGGUGCUUAAUUUAUUUUAUUAUAUUGAGGGGUAGAGGUUGUCACAGUUAGUUUGUAGAUGUAAUGCAAUCAUCAUCAUCACAAGGCAUGUGAUGAGAUAUUCUUUUCUUUUCUUUUUAUUUUUGUACCACUUUUGUGUGGAUGAUUAUGGGUUUUAGAGAAGGGUGUAUAGGGAAUAGAAAAAGAAAAAUGCAUAUUCAUAUGCGUAUAUAUUUGCUGAAGAAGGAAGGGAUUCAAAAUUUGACUAGGGUGGUGGUGGGGGAUUAUAACUGUAUAUACAGUCAAAGAUGGAUGAUAUUAUUAUUAGAGAAUUGAAUGAACAUACAUUUUUUUUUU